ACGCAAUAUCCGGGCUCUGGGCGUCAAACUGCAGCAACGUUUGCGCCGGGUGAGUGGGAUUUCUUGCGUCGGGUCGAGGUUGGCAUGGCUGGUAGUUGGCGGGACUUAUGGUUUUGACGCGUCAGAUGCUGGCCGACAUGGAGAACGGGUUAAAUGGAGAGAACUCGCAGGGGACAGGAGCCUCUGGUCAGGGGCAGGAGGCGCCACAGGGUGCGACAGAAAAGGAAUCGGAGGCGGUCACAAUUCGAAGGCUCGAACUAGAAUUUGAGUUGCGGAAAGCGCAACUUCAGAUUGAGUCCGAAGAGCGGAUCGCGUUGCGCAUGGCCCAGCUAGGAAAGGAAAGUGGUCGACCUUCGUCCUCUGGGUCGGAAACAGACGACCAACGGCACGCAGGCUUAGACCCGGUUGCGCAAUGCGCAAAAGUUUUGAAAGGGUACAGCCUGCCGUGUGACGCGGACGUUCCUUUAUGGUUUGAUGAGGUGGAAAAAUUGUUUACCACGUACCAGGUGCCGGAUAGUGGUCGAGUACAUUUGAUUAUGCCGGUGCUAACGGAGCGUGUCCGCUACCUGCUGCGCAGUCUAGGGCAAGACGAUUGUUUAGAUUACGAGUCGGUAAAACGGGCGGUGCUGAGCGAACUGAAACUCACGCCAGCUGAGUACCUAGACAGGUUCGACAGUGCAGCCAAAAGAAAAGAUGAAACAUGGGCUCAGUUCGCCUCCCGUGUCCGAACCUACUUCACGUAUUACCUUCAGGUGAGAGGUGCGGACACGCAGGAGACAGUAACGGAGCUCAUGGUUGCUGAUCGGAUUAAGGCGAGCCUGAGUACCGAUGGUCUGGAGUAUGUUCGCCUUCGCGAGGGAGAAACUUGGUUAAAACCGGUCGAGGUGGCGAAGGUGUUACAGACUUAUGAGCAGGCAAAAGGGAAAGGGAGCGCAACAAAACAGGUGUACGUUCUAACGGAACAGUCAGGGACGGGGCGCUCGCCAGGGUUCAAAUGUCCCGUGAACUCGGGUCGAGCAGCUGUAAGGUGUCAUGUAUGUCAUGAGCAGGGACACAUUGCCAAGCACUGCCCUCGCGCGUCGGGUAGUGAGGUGCCUCAGGGGCUGGCAAAUGUCCCUGAACCGAAAGGGCAGACAGACAGAGUGUUAACCGCUCGGGUUGAGGUGAGGCGGUCGAUUUCGGAGACGGGCCGCUCGAAGCUACAGUUGGUUCAACUGGAGUGCGGCGACGUACACACCGAAGCAGUGCUCGACACGGGUACCGAAAUGACGGUAGUACGGGAGAGCCUGCUACCUCAAGCUUUGAGAGAACCGUCGGGCACAGUGAAGCUAGUGUCCGCUUUUGGCCACGCAAUUGAUGCCAAUCUUGCAACACUUCCAAUAAGGUUGAGCUGUCCAGGGGCGGUAGAAAAUCCAACUAAAACCGACUUAGUGUGCGCGCUCACCAAUCAGCUGGCGGAAGGGGUGAACUGUUUGCUUGCCUGGAAAGAUUGGGAACUGUUGAAAGCUAGGAGCGGUAAGGUCCAGGUGCAACAGGGAGGUACAGCGGCCUAUCCUUGUGAAGUUGAAGAACAGAACGUCGGAAGAGAUGAAGACAGCGAAGCACUGACUUGUGGGGUUGGCUAG